AAAGUUAUGUACAAUUGCUGUUACUCUAAUUUUGAUACCAACCUUGAUGCUUUGGAAAUUUGAACAUUUUUUUUUAGUUCAAAUUUGAACGUCAGUAGAGCACAUAUGCUUUAAACUAGGUCGUUCUUUUUUUAGGAGAAGAACCUUGGUGCCCUGUCACCUUCGAUUACGGUUGUUCAUAAUCUGAUAAUUAGCAGCUAGACUUUGUCACCUAUUUCUUCUCUGUGGAAAUGAGGCCUUGAGUGUCAACUAUCACCUUUUAAGAUUUCUUUACAAUUCUUAAACUGCUACUAAAAAUCGCAGUAAAUCAAAUUCUCUCGUUUCUAAUUGUACCGAAUAUCCUUCAAAUUUGACUGAGCAAAACAACCAUUUCUGUCAACUGAUAAAUCAUAUCCUAAAUUUUCAUCUCUAAAGGAACAAUCUUUCUGUCCUACAUUCGCAUGCCAAAAAUCGUCACCCACGAAAUUAACGACUCGUUCCUUCAAUUUUAAGAAUUAAUUUGUCCUGUAUAGACUGGUAAACAAAUUACGGGGUUACAAUAGGAAGAUGACUCAACCAAGAGUCAAGGAAAAGGCCGUCGACACGAAUCUCUAAAGUAGGUUACCCUUACAGGGGGUCUCGCUGUCGUUUUUGAUCAUCGACGAGGGAGGGAGUCGAUUGAACCGGGCCAGGGUGUCCCCGUCAAGAAGAACAGUGUCCCCGGCUGUCAAUUAGAUCGCAUGUGCACCGCUUAAAUGGCUGCAGAACUCAACGUGACUGAACGUGUAAUACGUUUAGAAAAGGGGGAGAGUUGCCGAGGUAUGGCUUCCGUGGUGGUCACUGUCGUGUGCAGUGCACCAGCUGCUCCCCUCGCAGCAGUCAUGAAACUUUUAUACCGUAGCACGGCCGAAAAACAGCGUCGUUCAGUCGGACCCCUGUCCUUCUACUGGAAACUUUCCAGUCGCGAACACCAGCCUGUCUGACUUGGAUAGCUAAGACUCUCCGUCAGUGAACCGGACUUCGAAAUAGAUGAGAAAGACUUGGAACUAGGCUGAUAGCAUCGGAAAGAAACUUUGAUCAGGAUGUUUACCGUGGAGCGAGAUUGAUAAAGUGGAGUACUUUGGAUCUUGUUUUUGGAGACCCGUUCGUGAAUAACAAGUUGGAGGACCUGCGAGGAGUCAUGUACAUGUGACUGAUAAGGUGAUCGAUCGAUGAACCGUUAUCGACAUGGCAAGUGCAUAAAGAAACUAUAGUUCCCUGCCACUUCGUUAGUGGACAUGUUUUGUACUAGUUCCGACGUUUCCAAGUUAAAUGCUCGAAGCUGGAGAUGUCUUUGACGGAGUGGUAAGAUGGACACCUCUUCCCUGUUCUUUCCGAUGUCAGUCUCAUUUGGAAACAUCCUAGAAAUGGAAGAUUUUAGCUAAGGACAGUUGAGAUUGAAGGAAAGUGAUUGUAGAAAAAUUGUUUGGAAGGUGAAAGAUUCGAGGUGGAUCCAAAGUGGAGCACGUCGCUAUUAACCUGAAAUGCGGCCGAUGAUAAUCGUAAACACACACGGUGGAAGAGCGUGUUCCCGGCCAAUUGUUAUCCCCGGAGUGGUCUUUAUCACGCGAUUUGAUGGAUCCGAUCGGAACAAAUGCGGAUAACGCGUUUGCGGUGGAUACUCAUCACGAUAAGUAGCGUGUCCUGCGUGUCCUGUCGUCGUUUUCAACCCGAUCGCCUCCUGGUUUAACGGGGGACUCCUUGGGGAGCUACGGGACAAAACCAUGAAACUGUUUCUUCGUGGCGAUAAACGCGACAAAUAAAGAGAGCUCACCUGAAAAGAACCGAGCCACCAAACGCUCGAUAAUGGCAAUUCUUGCAGCUAGAAUCGAGCUACUUGUGGGGUCCUCGUGCCCCUGAAUGGGGUAUCGAUUAAACACGAUACAAUGACACGUUCCGUUUGCACGAUAACAAGCCCUUACUCAUAUCUUUGCUGAAGGUGAACAAAUUGUUGAACGCUCCACUUGGACACGUGUUGCGAUGAUGUUAUCAAAAGUAGGAGUUCUUUUGAGUCUUCUGCAAUUGGCGCUCGCCAUUGAUGACAUAGACGUGUGUUCCAAGAAUCGAAGCGUGCUCGAGAUCCCUGGGGAUGCUGUUUUAUCUGGUAAGAGUCGUUAUGCUCGAUUAAGUGAUUUCUGAUUAUGUAUACGUAUGAUUGCAGUGUUUGUGGAUGUUAAUCAUGGACCGUACUGUAACAGCACGUCUACCAAGGGUCUGCAAGAGAUUUUCACGGCGUCUUACGUGAUACACGCUUUGAACAAGUACGAGUUCACAUCUGGAUUUACUCUAGGUUUAAAAGUCUUCGAUACCUGCCACGAUGAGAUGACGGUGUACAAGCAAGCAUUGCAAACGGCGGUAGACUCCGACUGCGAGGAUCAUUACGAAAUGGGUAUAUUGUUACCGUCAGAAUACCUAAUGAUUCUAGAGCCACUUCAUAAUUACAGCGUACUGCCAAUCAGCACGUACGACGAGCAGAAUUUAACAAAGCCCUUGAUCAGCCUGAUGGUGCAUUACUUAACUACCAGAUUCGAGACAGUCCAUCUAUUACUAGCCAGCUCUGAUUACGCGCUAAAUUUAUUCCUGGAUGCGACUAAGGAGGCUGGUAUUUGUGUGAAACGUUAUGGAGAUACUUUAGAGCUGGACGAAAACGAUACGGAAGUUGUGAUCGCUGUGAUCGGACACAGGAGCGAUGUACGACAGUGGAUCGAAAGAGGAGAGAAGCUUCAGGGAGCUAGGAAGACCUGGGUCAUUUUAACCCUCGAUGGAUCGAACGUCGAUGACCUAGUUCCUCCAGGCUCCUACGUCAUCAGAACGAUGCCGUUCGACCUGGACCUGCUACAGGAAGCCUCAUCCACGGAGGACUUCCUCCAGACAGCCAGCAGCUCCGUCAUCUACUCACCGCACCUUCUAGGCAUCGGCAAAGCGAUCGUCGAGCUGGCGCAGCUACUGCAGGACCUGCACAGACGAAACUGCCCCAAAGUAAUCGAGGGUUGUCUGCUGCCUAGAUUCAGUACUCACUCGAAACAGGAAAUUCGAAACUCGGACGUGUACAACGCACUCCGCAUACUGCCGAAAUCGCACUCGAUCAGAUAUAUCGUGACGAUGAAGAGCCAGCAAGAGUUAAUCGAUACGGCCGGGUACAGAAUCGAACCGGCCAACUCGAAAUUUAGGAUCUCUCCAGAGUCGAGGGUGCCGAAGAUGCCGAAACUGUGCGUGAAGAAAUACGCGAAGAACUGUGAAGACUGUGCGAACUUCAAGAAGAUAUUUGGCACACGUGGUGUGACCAAAGAUACACUCGACAGGGGUUUAUUAAAGCCGGGCAACUGGAUAGCAAUUUUCCUGACGAUGGUGGUGUGCGGCACGUUCGCCUGCGGCGUGAUCGCUGUCUUCAUUAUCUACCGCUUCAUCGUCGAGGACGUUCUCGAUGGGAAUCCGGCGUUAACGAUCGUCCUGAUACUGGCGAAUGUUUUCACCUUGCAGACGGUGUUACCGUUCUGCAUCAACGACGAUUACCUGGGCGCUGAGACAUUAAACUCGAGGAAAAUCCUUGUAACGACGUUAGCCUUUGGGAUAGACUUCUCCGUGAUGCUGUCCAGGGCGUUCUUUCUGGUGUUCUCCAAGGGUGGCGUGUUUACGGCUCACAUAAACGGAUACCUGCAGGGCCUCAUGGUGUUCUUCAUGUUCUGCGUACAGAUAGCGUUGUCCGUUAUGUUCUUCGCACUUAGCGCGGAUGAAUCGGCCGUCGUCGUGAGGAGCCUCGCUUUUAUCGCUUUACUAGGCUACGAUAUAUUUCUACUGGUCACCCUGUUCGUCGUGUGUUUCUUCAUCUCGCGAUUGCCACGGAAUUAUCGGGAAGGAAAGUGUUUCUUCGGCACGUCGAUCGGUCUGUUAAUCACCUGGGCAAUCUGGUUGACCUGCUUCAUCCUGGUGGAGCCAGAAUGUCGCGACAUGGUCGUCUGUUUCGGCAUUAUUGGCACGGCGUACUUAAUCAUCAUCGGUGUCCUGAUACCUAGGACCUAUUACAUGAUUAAACACCUAGCAAGGGGAAAGGAGUUCGGACAGAGAUUCGGAUCCACAGAUUUAGUUGCUGAUCCGAGGGUCAAUACUAUCGGAAGACAGGUUCGAAUCACGCAGACUCGUCCAUUUUACGACUACGUGCACCCAGCUGGAGGCAGCACGACGAAUUUACAGGUGACACCUGCGUACCCGAACUACUACGGUAGUUCCAGUCCUCAUCAGAAGUACCUGGGACCAUACAGAAACUCUGACACGAGGAGGAACCCCGGAUACAACAAUUAUGGAUAUCAUUCGGAAAUGCGAGAAGUGAAUAACUCAUACACAGUUCCACAAGUCUGCAUAGAGGAUGCGGACGUGAGAUUUUUUUCACAUUUUUGGCAGCUUUUUUUGUCUAGCAUAAUCAAGUUACGUAUCACGCACAACCUCGUAUCAAUAGCUUUCCAAUCCCGACUCGAUAUCCGAUCUAAUACCAUGACUUACAAAUGCGACGAGACAUGGACGAGCCUCGCGGAGAAGACGAACGCGAGCCUCACCUACGCGCGUCCAAAAUGUCACCGGAAACGGAGGACCAAAGACGAAAAAGACUGCAUAGAAACCGACGUGUACAUCGAGAAUAAUUCGCCGUCAGGUCGUAGGAUACACGACGAAAUGUAUCCCGUAAGAUCCAGCAGUCCCAGAUUGACGCAGACCGAGGCGACCAUCCGCGAAGAGGACGAAGAGGACAAUGUGACCAGAAUAACCCGAUUCUAACGACCAGUGUUCAUAU